AUGAGAAGGAAAAUGGAGCACAUGAAAAACAAGUCUUUUCUCUUUUAUCUCUUACUUAUUUGCUCGGCAAAAAUUUGUACCUCAUCACCAUCUCCACCUCCUCCUAAUUACCAUCAAAACCAAACCCAAACUAGCCCAAGUGAGAAGAAGCAUUUUGUGUUGAUUCAUGGAGCUGGUCUAGGAGCAUGGUCUUGGUAUAAGGUGGCAACUUUAUUGAAACAUUCAGGCCAUAAUGUUACAGCCCUAGACUUGGGAGCAUCUGGGAUCAACCCAAUUCAGGUGGAACAACUCCAUUCGAUGUCGCAAUAUGUUGAGCCGUUGACGAAGCUAAUGGUGUCUUUGCCACCAAAGGAGAGGGUCAUUCUUGUGGCUCACAGCAUCACUGGGGCUGUUAUAUCUAUUUUCAUGGAGAGGUUCCCUGAGAAAAUUGUUGCUGGGGUUUAUGCCACGGCUUUCAUGUCUGGUCUUAGUUCGAGUUAUUCAACUAUAUUUGCAGAGAUUAACAAAAGAUUGGACUAUAUGGACACUCAAUAUAGAUAUGACAAUGGACCCAAAAAUCCUGCAACCACCUUUCGCUUUGGGCCCAAGGUCAUGGCGUCAAACUUUUAUCAGCUCUCGAAACCAGAGGAUUUAACACUAGGUUACUCGUUGGUAAGAUUUUCUCUCGUCUUUGAUUUUGAUCAAAUAAAGCUGACCAAGGAGAAUUAUGGAUCGGUUCCUAGAGUAUUCAUUGUGGCCGAGCAAGACCAUGCAAUAAUGUGGGAUGUGCAAAAUUUUAUGAUCAAGAACAAUCCGCCAGAUGAAGUCAAAGUGAUUAAGGGUUUUGAUCACAUGGUCAUGCUCUCUAGACCAGUGGAGCUCUUCUCCGACCUCCAAGACAUUGCUGAGAAAUAUUCUUGA